AUGAACACAAAACUUUGGCUUCUGCAAAUUUGUCUAGUAAUGCUCUUCACCAAAAUCUCAUCUCAGCACUGUGAUCAACUUCACGGCAGGCUACAAGAAGCCAAUAAAGCAAACUUGGAACUCUUGGAAAGUAAUAUGGGAGCCACCAUUCCCCUACAAUGUAUCGGAGAUAUUACAGACUUCUCAACUGUCAAUGAAGAAAAUUUAAUGAGCAUGGACAAAGCAUCCCAUGGAGAGAUCGCCAAGAUAGCAAUACAAGAAAUGCUCCAACAGGCAGACCUCAUCUUCAAGCAAGUUCAUGCUGAAUUGUUUUGGGAUGAGAAUACCCUGAGACAAUUCCAUACUGCAUUGGAUCAGCAAAUUAAAAAACUGGAAAUAUGCCAAAAUGCAGGGGUAGGAGGUGGCACCAUAUCUCCACGGGAUCAGAAACUGCAGCUCACCAGACUGAGAGUGAAAAGAUAUUUUCAAAGGGUCAAUGAUUUCCUGAAAGAUAAGAAGUACAGCUUGUGUGCCUGGGCGAUUGUCCAGAUCCAACUCAGGGAAUGUUUCCUAUUGAUUAAUCAACUCAUCCAAAGGAUUCCAACUGAAGACCACGAAGUCAAUGAAGAUAAGCAAGUUUUGGAGAGACAACAGACCAACAUUGCUAAUUCCCCCUUCCAAGUAAAUGAACAUGUAAAAGAGGAUUGA